GCGGAGGCGGAGGCGGGCGGAGGGGUCCCUGCCGUCCCCGCGCGCCCCUCCGCGCCCCCUCCCCCUCCCGCCGGCGGCGCUCGCGGCCCGGCCCGGCCCGGCCCGGUCCCCCCGAGACUCGGGCCGCGCCGCGAAGAAGCGGGAAGGAGGCGGCUGCCCGAUUUGUUUGUAAAUGCAUCAUAAACAGACAGCCCAGAAUGAAGAAAGCAAGCAGGAGUGUUGGCUCAGUGCCCAAAGUGCCUGGAGUAAAUAAAAGUCAAGCAACUGAAAAAGCCAAACCAGAAAACGGCUCCUCAGUGUCUGCAGUAACAAAACUCUCCAAAACUGGGACAUCAGCAUCUCUUUUGAAGACUAAGAGUAAUGAUGACCUCUUAGCGGGGAUGGCUGGUGGCGGUGGAGUGGCAAUGACCAAUGGUGUCAAGGCAAAGAAGAGCACUUGUGUAUCAACAGCAUCUUCAGCUUCAGGGACAGCCAUGAACAGUCUGGAAAAUAAACCCAAAACUAUUGCAGGUACAGGUUCCACAACUAAGCGUAGCACUUCAUCUGGAAAUAAAGAGUCAAGCUCUUCUAGAGAAAGAAUACGCGAUCGUUCUCGUUUAAGCCAGAGCAAAAAGCUGCCUUUGACUGGACAGGGGACCAACGAUACGGUACUGGCAAAACGCUCCCGUAGUCGCACCAAUCCAGAAUCAGAUAUUCGAAUGAGCAAGUCCAAAUCAGACAAUCAAAUCAGUGACAAAGCUGCAUUGGAAGCAAAGGUGAAUGAUCUUCUGACAUUAGCAAAAACUAAAGAUGUGGAAAUCUUGCAUCUGAGGAAUGAACUAAGGGAUAUGCGUGCUCAGCUGGGACUUAACGAAGAUCAGCUUGAAGGUGAUGAAAAAUCUGAAGAAAAAGAGGCCAUUGUUGUCCAUCAGCCAACUGACGUAGAGUCUACGUUGCUACAGUUACAGGAACAAAACACUGCCAUCCGAGAAGAGCUCAACCAGCUGAAGAAUGAGAAUCGAAUGUUAAAAGACAGGCUAAAUGCAUUAGGCUUUUCUUUGGAACAAAGGCUGGACAACUCUGAAAAACUCUUCGGCUAUCAGUCUUUGAGUCCAGAGAUUACAGCUGGCAACCACAGUGAUGGUGGUGGUACUCUGACAUCUUCAGUGGAAGGUUCUGCUCCUGGAUCAAUGGAAGACUUGUUAAGUCAGGAUGAAAACACUUUGAUGGACAACCAACAUAGUAAUUCCAUGGAUAAUUUAGACAGUGAGUGCAGUGAAGUUUAUCAGCCACUGACAUCAAGUGAUGAUGCCUUAGAUGCUCCAUCAUCCUCAGAGUCUGAAGGUGUACCAAGCAUAGAAAGAUCUAGGAAGGGAAGCAGUGGCAAUGCAAGUGAAGUGUCCGUAGCUUGUCUGACAGAACGGAUACAUCAGAUGGAAGAGAAUCAACACAGCACAGCUGAAGAGCUCCAAGCCACACUUCAAGAGCUUGCAGAUUUGCAACAAAUAACACAAGAGCUAAACAGUGAGAAUGAAAGACUUGGAGAGGAAAAAGUAAUCCUCAUGGAAUCUUUGUGCCAGCAAAGUGACAAGUUGGAACACUUCAGCCGUCAGAUUGAGUAUUUUCGGUCCCUUUUAGAUGAACACCAUAUUUCGUAUGUAAUUGAUGAAGAUAUGAAAAGUGGUCGCUACAUGGAGUUAGAGCAACGUUAUAUGGACCUUGCAGAGAACGCUCGGUUUGAGCGAGAGCAGCUGUUAGGUGUUCAGCAGCACUUGAGCAACACUUUGAAGAUGGCAGAACAAGACAACAAGGAGGCCCAAGAAAUGAUAGGGGCAUUAAAAGAACGAAAUCACCACAUGGAACGGAUUAUUGAGUCGGAGCAGAAAAGCAAAACAGCGAUAGCAUCUACCUUAGAGGAGUACAAAGCCACAGUAGCCAGUGACCAGAUUGAGAUGAACAGGCUGAAAGCUCAGUUAGAGCAUGAAAAGCAAAAAGUGGCUGAAUUGUAUUCUAUACACAACUCUGGAGAUAAAUCAGAUAUACAAGAUUUGCUGGAGAGUGUCAGGCUGGAUAAAGAAAAAGCAGAGACAUUGGCCAGUAGUCUGCAAGAAGAGCUGGCACACACUCGCAAUGAUGCCAAUCGAUUGCAAGAUGCCAUUGCUAAGGUUGAAGAUGAAUACAGAGUGUUCCAAGAAGAAGCCAAGAAACAAAUUGAGGAUCUCAAUGUGACUCUAGAAAAACUUCGGACAGAAUUAGAUGAAAAAGAGACUGAGAGAAGUGACAUGAAAGAAACUAUCUUUGAGUUGGAGGAUGAAGUAGAGCAGCAUCGUGCUGUGAAGCUUCAUGACAAUCUCAUCAUAUCUGAUUUGGAGAAUACAGUUAAAAAACUGCAGGACCAAAAGCAUGACAUGGAAAGAGAGAUAAAGAAUCUUCACAGGAGACUCCGGGAGGAGUCAGCAGAAUGGCGUCAGUUCCAGGCUGAUCUACAGACUGCAGUGGUUAUAGCAAAUGAUAUAAAGUCUGAGGCCCAGGAAGAGAUAGGAGACCUGAAGCGUAGAUUACAUGAAGCUCAGGAGAAAAAUGAGAAGCUCACUAAAGAGUUGGAGGAAAUAAAGUCACGCAAGCAGGAAGAGGAACGUGGUCGAGUGUACAAUUACAUGAAUGCUGUAGAGAGAGAUUUGGCAGCUCUGAGACAAGGAAUGGGCCUGAGUCGCAGAUCAUCCACCUCCUCAGAGCCAACUCCUACUGUAAAAACACUCAUCAAGUCAUUUGACAGUGCCUCCCAAGUUCCAAGCCCUGCUGCUGCCACAAUUCCUCGCACUCCCCUGAGUCCAAGUCCUAUGAAAACUCCCCCAGCUGCUGCUGUAUCCCCUAUGCAGAGGCAUUCUAUAAGUGGACCAAUCUCAGCUUCAAAACCCCUUGCUACACUGACAGACAAAAGACCAAGCUAUGCUGAAAUCCCUGUUCAAGAACAUUUGUUGAGAACAUCUUCUACCAGCAGGCCAGCAUCUUUGCCAAGAGUACCCGCUAUGGAAAGUGCCAAAUCUAUUUCUGUCUCUCGACGAAGUAGUGAAGAAAUCAAGCGGGAUAUCAGUGCACCUGAUGGAGCAUCUCCAGCAUCUCUCAUGGCAAUGGGUACCACCUCACCACAGCUGUCACUCUCAUCUUCUCCUACGGCAUCAGUCACCCCUACUACCAGAAGUCGAAUAAGGGAAGAGAGGAAAGAUCCCUUGUCUGCCCUAGCAAGAGAAUAUGGAGGAUCCAAAAGAAACGCCUUGCUGAAGUGGUGCCAGAAAAAAACAGAAGGAUAUCAGAAUAUUGACAUAACAAACUUCAGCAGUAGCUGGAAUGAUGGCUUGGCUUUCUGUGCGGUUCUCCAUACUUACCUCCCAGCUCAUAUUCCCUAUCAAGAACUAAACAGCCAGGACAAGAGAAGAAAUUUCACUUUGGCUUUUCAGGCAGCUGAAAGUGUUGGCAUCAAAUCUACUCUGGACAUCAAUGAAAUGGUGCGAACUGAGCGUCCAGACUGGCAGAAUGUCAUGCUGUAUGUUACAGCAAUUUACAAAUACUUUGAAACCUGAAACCCUAAUAAUUCAACAGAUCCAUGGGAUAGAACCAACAUGAGCUACCAGAUGGAAAUCUUAUUGAAAUGCUAAUCCCCAUUUCACUGAAAACUGGCAACAUUUGAGUCCCCUCAAACUUCAGUGACACUAUCCUGGAUUGCCUCAGAUUGCUUCAGCUACUAAGCCUGGAAACAACUGUUUAAAAGCAAGAACUUGUUGCCACAGUGCUUGUAAUAACCCAAGUUAUUAAGCUAUUCAGAUUAAUUAUGUAGCCUAAAGAGCCUGGACUACUUAUGUGCUGCCUUUCCAGCCAGACUUCCUGAAGCUUUCUUUCCUAGGAGAGUGAGAUGAAUGGAUCCUCUAGCAUAUAGGAGACUGAAUGUACAGAUAAAGCUUUGAGAAGGAAAAGGGUAACAUGGCGUCAUAUUACUGAACUUUCUGUAGCAUCCUGAUACCACAGAGUCUGAA